UUUUAUUUAUUACCAUAGAUUUAGUACAUAUAUACAAGCUUGGUUGGUUAUGUCCAGUAUCAGUGUUCGGGAGUUUCUUCAAUCAACAUCACAUGAAGAUGAGACAGAUCCUUUAUUUACAAUAUCGAACAGAUUUAGCAGUGAAAAUAUAAGAAAAGAUAGUCAGUGGUUGCUAAGACGCCAUGACACCAUAUUUGAUCAUGAAUACCGGUAUAGGUCAGACCAUUGUGUAUACCCUGGUGUUCGACCACACUUUGUUAACAUUCACAACGUUAUUGUUAUGGUUGGGUUGCCAGCUCGUGGAAAAACAUAUAUAGCUAGAAAAUUAUGCCGUUAUCUUAACUGGGGUGGAAUAUGUGCAAAAGUUGUCAGUGUUGGUCAAUACAGAAGAGAAGCAGUGGGUCCUGAUAUUACGCAUGAAUUUUUUAAAAAGAACAAUGUAGAAGCUGAAAAAAUUAGACUACAGUCUUACGAAAAGGCAUUACAAGAUGGUGCUGCUUGGUUGAAAAAAGAAGACCGCAAUAAGAUAUUGAUUCUAGAUGCUACUAAUACUACCAAAAAACGUAGAAAGUAUGUUUAUGAUUUCUGUGAAGAAAAUCAAUUUCAAACCUUCUUCAUUGAGUCAAUUUGUGAUGAUCCAGAAAUCAUUAAAGGCUUCAUUGAGGAACUCAAAAUUUAUAGUCCUGAUUAUGUUCACAUUGAUCAAGAAAAAGCUGCAGAAGAUUUUAAACUCCGUUUGCAACAUUAUGAGGAAACAUAUCAAGAGAUUUCAGAUAAAUGUGAACUAGAAAGAACAUUCUCUUACAUAAAGAUAAUCAAUGGUGGAAGACAGUACUUGGUGAACAAUAUCAAUGGAUACCUUCAAAGUCACGUGGUUUAUUACUUGAUGAACAUCCAUGCACAAUCUCGAUCAUUGUAUGUUACUGUGCAUGGUGAGUGUGAAUAUAAUGUCAUGAAAGAGUUGGGUGGCCACUCUGGUCUUACGGAAACUGGAAAAAAGUUUGCAAAAGCGUUACAGCAGUAUGUAGCUGAAGAGAAUCUAACAGACCUGAGGGUCUGGACGAGCUCCCUUACUGGAAAUCGAGAAACAGCGUCAUAUAUACCUCAACCUAGCGAAGUGUGGAGAGCUUUAGAUUACUUAGAUUAUGGUGAAUGCCACGGGGCGAAAUUCUCAGAAUUAGCCGAACGAUUUCCAGGUAUUUUUACGAAUUCGAAAGGACCGUUAGAUUUACACUGGCGCUAUCCUUCCGGAGAGUCUUACCAAGAUCUUCUUUCAAGAUUAGAACCAGUGAUUAUGGAACUUGAACGACAACACAACGUUCUUGUCAUCUCACAUCGAACGACUGUGCGCUGUUUGAUGGCAUACUUUUUGGAUCAUAACCCAGACGAAGUAGCUCACAUUAGAGUUCCACUGCAUACGGUGUUCAAACUAACACCCGUCGCUUACGGAUGCCGAGUGGAAAAAGUUACGUUGAACGACAAGGGGACAUUGUCUUAAUCGUCAAAAGUUACGUUUAACGACAAGGAGACAUUGUCUUAACCGCCAAUAAUCACUCAAAUUGUAUAUAUUUGUCUAACCUACGAAAAUGUUAAUAUCAAGCUA